AUAAUGAUGAUGAUAUGAAUAAUGAUGAUAAACAUUUAAAUUUUUAUCUAAAUCAAAAAUGUCAAUUAAUACAAAAUGAAAAAUUUGGCCGUCAUUUUAUAACCAAAGAUCAAAUAUUAAAAGGUGAAAUUAUUAUUGAAGAACGACCAAUUAUUAUUACAUUUUAUGAAGAACAUCGACAAAAUUAUUGUCAUUAUUGUUAUCAUCAUUUUUCGAAUAAUAAAAAAAGAAUAUCAUGUAAAAAUUGUGAUGAAAUUUAUUAUUGUUCCGAUGAAUGUAGACAAAUUUGUUGGCAACAAUAUCAUCGUUUUGAAUGUGGUUUAUAUGGUUUGAUUGCUGGACCAUCGGAUUUAUUUUCAUUUGGAAAUGUUUUUAGAUAUUAUUCAAUUUUUGGUCAUAAAUUAAUUGAUAAAUGUACACAACAACAACAACAACAACAAUCGGAUGAUGAUUGUAAUGUUCAUGAUAAUUAUAUUCAUAAUAAACGAUUUCAAUUACCAAGACAUAAAUGGUCAUAUGAUGAACGAUUUCAAUUAUGUCAAUUAAUUUCAAAACUUGUUGAUCAUCGAUAUGAACGAAAAAUAUUACGUGAAGUACAUACAACAUUAAUGUCAUGGAUAUUAAUACAUUUAUUUGUUCGUAAAAAAAUUCUUGAUAAAAAUAUACUGGAUGAUUGUUUUGAAUUUAGUCGUCGUGCUGAAUAUAUUGCCAGAGAUUUUUCACGUAUGCAAACAAAUUCAUUUUGUUGGAGUGAUGGUCCAAUCGAUUUGGAUGAAACAUCAACAUUAGCAAUUAAACAUCCACAACAAUUAGUUUUAUCAAAUAUGAUUGCCAAUUGUAUUGAAUGUAUUUCAUCAUUUUUCAAUCAUAGCUGUAAACCAAAUUUAUAUUGGCAAUUUAAUUCAAAUGGUAUUAUCAUUUGUGCAACACGUUCAAUAAAACAAGGUGAACAAUUAACUAUUUCAUAUGGUACGGAUUUUAAUAGACAAACAUUUGAUCAACGACAAAUAUCAUUACAAUAUAAUUAUUGUUUUUAUUGUCAAUGUAUUAUUUGUAAUAAUGAUUGUUCAACUAUGAAAAAUGUUAUCAAAUGUUUGAAUGAUAAAUGUUCUGGACCAUUAGUUUUAAAUAAACAUAAUGCUUGUAUAUCAUGUGGUAAAUUUCCAUUCGAUUUACGAAAUGCAUAUAGAUUAAUGAAUAAAAUGAAACGAAUAAAAUCCGAAUUUGGUUAUUUAUUUGAUUCGAUAAAUGGCCAUGAACAGUAUCGAAUUUAUCGUAUUUUAUAUUUUUUCCGUUAUAGAUCAAAAUUUCAAUUAUAUUGGAAAUCAAAUUCGGAUAAACAAAGAAAAAAAAGAAUAGAAUAUAUGGAAAAAUUAUAUGAAAAAUAUCGUCAAAUUUCAUAUUAUGGUAGUUAUCGUUUAUUAUAUCUAUCAAUAAUAAUGUUAGCUAUUUAUGAACGUUUUGAAAUGCCAUACAAAGCAUUCGAAUUAAUCGAUACAAUCGAUAUGAAUUUGAUGAAUAUUUUUCCCGGUAGUAUUUCAAAUGAAAAUAUUGAUUUCAUUAUUCAAUUGUUGGAAUUUCUUGGCGAAAUAACUGAAAGACUUUCGAAAAAAAUAUAUUCGAAUGAUUAUCAUCUAUUUCAACAAUCACAACAAAAUAUCAAUCAUAAUGAUGAAAUUUUAAUACGUUCAAAAUUUUCCUGUCUUUUCGAACGUGUCAAUCAAUUAUUAUUGGCUUUUUUUGAUGGAGAUCUUAAAGAAAAUGGUUGGCUAUUUCCUCGAACAUUCAAACAAUUGCAUGAUAAACCCGAUAAUGAUGAAGAUAACGAUGAAUCCGUACAAUUACGGACACCAGAUCAAGAAAAUUAUUAUAUAAAUUUAUAUCGAAAAUGUCAACAAAGAAAAAUUCCUGUUUCCUAAACAACAUUGAAAGAGAAUGGGGAGGAUAAAUAGACAGUGAAUUUAUU